UAAAAUUAAUAGCAUAACAAAACCUUGUAUUUAAUCCUCGUAUGUCUCUUACAAUUUCGGGUAUUUAGUGGUUAUCUCUUACUUUUUGUUGUUUGAGUCACCAUCGACAAGAAAUAGUUGUCAGAUUUAUUUGUUGUUAUUAUCCUUAUGCAGUUUUAAAUAACAAUCCGGCAACUAACACUAGACUGAAAACUUUUUUUAUUACGCUUGAAAUGUUAUAAUUAAAUAGUUAGUUAUAAUUAAAAUAGUUUGAGAUAGAUAUAAUCGUGCGGCUUUCGAAAAGUUCAAAGUAAUCCCGCACAGGUCACCCGUCCCAUAACAAUGCACGACUGUUUUCAAUGGCUUUUUAGACAGCUAUGGGUUUAUUAUGACAUAGAAGUAUCUCGCGAUGGUGAGGUGAAAUGUACGUGUGAGAAGCCUUUCCAUGUGACGGAAGUUAGUCCUGACGUCCUUCUGACACGACCUGCUCACUUCCUGCUGUGCUUUGAACAGAGUCCCGCUCAUUUGAAUUCCGUUCGAUCGCCGACUGCUGCUCAAACGCACACGUCAAUCUCUAUGUAAACAAGAAUCCAGCUUCCCAUAGCCUCUUCAAACACUCCAUGUUUUUAAUUUGAAGUUUAUGUAACUUUACCAAGCUUUAAUGACAAGCGUUGAAGUUAAAAAGGAAACGACCGAAGAGGUCCUCUUUGGCGCAGUUUUGUCCAAUUUUACGUGACUCGCGACAGACGAUAUAAUACAAAACAAGUUAGCGCCUUCUUAGACAGUAUAUUUUCACAGGCGUGUUGCUAAAUCUUAAUAGUAGACUGAAUUCGUGCAUAACUUUGAAGUGUACGCGAACAUGAACAAGUCCCUUUUGUCUUGGAACAAUCUUUAGCAAGUCAUCAAGAGUGGUUGAAAGAGUAAAACUUUCAUAAACUUCGCUGCUCAACCGAGUGAAGUCUGAAAAGAAGUGCCCCGUCUUAUUCUAGGAGUGUGCUGAUGAUGCCUGCUAUAGAUUUCUCACAAAUGACGUCAGCCGAGGUGAGGACCCAGCCACUUGAACUUGUCCUAUCACCAGAUCACUGGUUGUCGUGUGAUGUUUACGUCCCUUCCGUGGUAUGAAACGACAACGGUACUUGAAAGCAGCUCUCACGAGAGCCCCAAUCAAGAAACGGGCCUCUGUUCCUGCACCCUGCGCAUCAAGGUUCCAGACGCACUGCGCGUGCGCGAGCUGUACAGCCCACUGCUCCAGUGGAUUGACCCAAUGUUUCAACUUAUCCACGUGGACGAAGGAGGGCGCGAAAACGACAAAAAACGUCAUAACAGACAUCGCGACUCGGCAGACAGCUGUGAGCCCACCAUGGGUGUUCGCACGCAAUCUCUAAGUGUGAUUCUUUUUUUGAGGAAUGACGGACAGAGUCAACCGACGGCGGAUUCUGCUACGGACUACCUCAGCACGCCGCCAUGGCAAUUCCACCACAAGAUUGAGUUGACUAGUCGGGCUAAUUUACGAGUCGUAGCGAGACAAGUAUUCUUUGCGAGCUCUCCGGGCUACGAGUUACCCUUAUGGAGUGUAUGCCCUAUUCACUGCGGUAAAGAACAGCUCAGAUUUAAUAUCUUUGUUAAUGACUUCACGGGUAUGAAAGCGUUUUACAGUGCGCUGGUUGGCGCUGAUCCUUCGGCCAGCAAGCCAGGGUUUUGCGUAUUUCAGCUGUACUCCCAACCAGGCCUCGAGAUACAGUUGUCACUCAAACACUCGCCUUGUCUGAUUCCUCAGCUUACUGAGGCUGCCACGUUGAGCUUCGUAGUAAAUAACAUUAGCGAACUACGUAAGGUGUUGCCUAAUAAGGUGACUAAACACGUUACUGGCACGUGGAGAACACGUGACACUGAUGGGAACGAGGUACUCUUAUUGUGUGACUCGUCCCGCAAUGGUACUAGACUACCGCAAAUUGUGUAGAGCCAAAGCUCACUCGCAAGGGCUUGACAAAAAUGCUAAUCACCAGGCCAUAGCAUGGGGUGGGGCACUGGAGGUAUCUGCCCCCCCCCCCAAUAUUUUCAAACAUUGGGGCUGUGCCAUAAUAUUUUCUUAAUAUUUAUGUUUUGUGCCCCUCC